ACAUGUGCACGCAAUUGUGGCGUAUUACAUGGUUGACUCGUUUGUAUUUCUAAUUUAAAUAUAAAUAAAAGAUCAGUUAGCAGCUGGGUUUACAUGGGUUGUGUACUCCAUUCACAUGCGGUUUUAUUUAUAUUUAUUUUUAAUUAUUUUUUGAGGGGGCGGCGUAAAUGACGUAACUCGAUACAAAGCAACGCAAACGGCAUCGACACAUUUUCUUGCUGGAACCACCGGUCCUUAGAUAAAAACUCAGAAGCAGUCUUUAACAGGAGAGGACGCUUGCCUGCUUGCUUGCAUUAACCUGAGCUGACAAGCGAUUUAGACAUUAUGACAUGCCGAAAGUUCUGUGUCCGUCGCUGCAGAUUAUUAAGUAUAUUCGGCAGUAUUUUUAUUCUUGUCAUACUAAUAGUGAUCGUUUCAAUGUCUGUGCAACUCGGCGACAACACACAGACAACUACCAAAGGAACCACAACGAACUUGAAAACCGUUGUUAUUGAAAGAUGUCGGGAUUAUAUUAGGACAUUUCCUCAAAUGUCAAGCAACAAUUGUGACGCAAUCUGGGAGGCAUUCCAGAAUUCAUUCCUUGGAAAGGACCCAUGCAAUGUCAAGGUGGAAGACUAUGACCUGUUUAUCACAACAGUGCAGCAGGAUAUACCCUGUAAUAAGUCCCUGUUCUGGAGCAAGACGAGUCAGAUAGCUCACGACUUUGCUAAAGCUACAAAGUGCCUCAUGACUUUGGAAGACACUCUUCUUGGGUACAUGAUGGAUGGACUGAAGUGGUGUGGCCAACAACACAGUAAAGAAUUGAAUUAUACUUCCUGUCCAGGGUGGGUUGAGUGUGAAUUGAAUCCAGUCAGGUCAUUUUGGAGAAGGGCAUCAGCACAUUUUGCUGAAUUAGCUUGUGGUAAUGUCAUGGUGAUGUUAAAUGGAUCAAUUGAUACACCUUUCAGUAAACAAAGCAUUUUUGGAAGUGUUGAGAUCAAGCGGUUUGAUUCAGAGAAGAUCAAUUACAUCAGCAUAAGGGUGAUUGACAGCCUGCAAAACCGGGUGUCAUGUAACAGCAUGUCAUUAGAAGACUUGGGCAAAAUUUUGAAGAAUGCCUCUUUACAUUUUGAUUGUAAGGACAUUGACAAGUCUGAGGUUGAGCGGUGUAUCAAUGACCCCAUCCCUCAUUCCUGUGAUUGCGUCAAUUGGAAGUAAUGAAGUAACUAUGUGUUGCACAUAGAAUGUAAAUAGGGGCUCUGAUUAUCAGGUUUUCAUUUAUUUUUACUGUAAUAAAAACAAACAGUUUAAUAACUCUCUUUUAGAACUUUGCAGAACACUGUGGGUUAGGUACUAAAGUGUUGCGGCUGUCGCAAAGACGUUGCAAACAAGUCAAAAGUCAUGGGUGAGGUAUACUAAAGAUGCGCAAUGCUGUGAGCAACUUUUUAGGGAAUGCUUUGCGGUAGCAGUUUUUCUUUGUGGUUCAGCUUUAGAUGAAUGUGUAAUUAUGCAUAAAUUCGCAAAAAUGGGGUGGAGAUAGCGCAAAUCAGGGUUUUUUUAGACGAACACCCAAAUACCUAUUUUUCUUUAAAAGCAGGGUGUAUUUACAAGCCUUGUUAACAAAUUUCUAUGACAUUCCUGGUUUCCCCAACUUGUUGGGAGCAAUAGAAUCCACAUGUGCCGCUAACCCCUCCAGCUCACUCUGAGCAUCUGUAUAGGAAUAGGAAACACACCUAUUCUAUUAAUGUGCAGGUGGUUUGCAAUAGUGCACAAUUUAGCAAUGCACCCCUGACUAACUUAAAUAAAAACAGACAGUAUACAUUUGGCUUAUAGGCUACUAAUGAUAAUACAAAUUAGUGGUAUAAUGCAAAAUGUCUUGCUGGUCCCUUGAAAUUCGUAUUAACUUGUCAAUGCGGCACCAUACCUAGGCUACUAAGUAAGACAAGUUAAAAACAAUAAUAAAAUAAAAAAACAAAAAUAAUUGUCUUAAUUUAAAAUAAUCUUAUUCACAUUGUACACCAAUGUGUACAAUGCAGCAGCAUGAUUUAUUUUGUGUUACUGGUAGCUUACAGGCUAAAGUAAAAAAAAGUGUGCUAGGUAUUAAUUUGAUUUUACUACUGUAUAGGCCUAAUGUACAGAUUUAUAUUUUAUAAUGAGAUGUGUAGCCUACCCAAAACACAUUAGUGUUAUUUCAACACAAUGAUUUACACAUUUAAAAUACACUGAGCACUAUAAACGUACGCGUGUGCGAUUUUAUUGUAUUUUUUUUAAACCCAACACCUCCUUAUGUCAGACAAACAUGUCCAGUUUAGUGAGGGGCUACUGUAUGAUUAUGAAAAGCUUUUUGAUAGAAACACUUUUGUUUUUUUUAAACUGCCUUUCAUUAUUUUUUCAAAAAAAAUGCCGCACGACUCUUGCAAUGCUAAAUAUUAAAAAUUAUUAUAUUGUGGCUCUCUUUAUUAACAUAUUUUCUCUUAGUACAUACGACAAAAUGUAUACUUUGUGAAUUGUUGCAAUGAAAAUGCAAAUUGUGGUAUGUUUGCACUGCGACUGGCCUAUCUCAGUACAUCUACCCCUGUGUGUAAUGAUCUCUGACAGUCUGUUUGGAAAUGCCUAUACUGUUCAAUAAAGCCAGUGAUGUAGCUUUUUAUGUAACAGUUAAUCUUGUUUUUCCCAUUAAUAUGUUCUGUAUACUAUACUGGUUAUUAUAGUAUAAAAAUCAACUUAUAAAGGUGGCAAAAAUUUGACAAAGUUGAAAAAUAAAAUAAAACUUUGGAUAGUU